GGGGGGAGGGAGCGGGAAGCUGGAGGGCGAGCAAGGAGUGUAGGAGAGGAUAGGGUCCCAGAAGAGAGCACAAGCCUCUCUCACACACAAACACACAACCUCACACAUAAACAUUUACAUUGGCUCCUCUGUUGUACUUUGUGGAAUAGUGGAUUACUUUCCUAACUGAACCACUCAUCGAGCAAAUCCAGGUAUGAUCAGGUGGCAGUGUGUCAGCGCGUUGUUGAACUGUGAAAUGAACCAUGGAGGGGUCCAGCAGGCCAGUUACUAGCCGAGCCAACAGCUACACAACCACCAGCAGCAAGAGAAGCAGCAGCCCGGGGAAGCCCCGCAGCAUGCAGCUGGGCCCUCACUAGCACCAAGUGGUCCCGGUCCUCUCCUCUUUACCUGAGGCCAGGGCUGCAGAAUGCUCAGUCCUGUCACCCCAUACAGUCUGUUGAAGAUGCACUGGUCCCCGGAGCACGCCGCCCCCUUAUCUCAGUGGCCUGAGCAGCACCUAGAUGUCACCUCUACUACCUCACCGCCAUCUGCCCACAAACACGACCCUUAUGCUACGGCUGGUCGCCGUAGCUAUGCCCCUGCAGGUUACCCUUGGGCAAGUGAUGACAUAUCAGCCCUUACUGCUUCUUCUCUCCUCAAACGCUAUGCUGAGAAGUACUCAGGCUUGGAGCUGUCUUAUGAACGCCCUCCGACAGGGGCCUACUCAGAACCUGGAGCAUUCCUGAAAACUGAAUCCGAGCCAUGGGCAAUGGGUCAGGGCAUGGAGUGUUAUCCUGGACUGGAGGCAUUAACUGGCACCAAGGUGGGCUCUGCAUCUGUGGGCAUCCCAACCACAGGCAGUGUGACAGUAGUGAGCAGUAACUUGGCCUCUGAGCCAGGCUACAGUGGCGCAGGCUCCUGCAGUGCCCCGUCAUCUCAGGAAUACCCUCCUGCCUACAACAGCACCUACCUGUCCUCAGGAUACUGCCCUCAGCCCAGCCCAGCACUUCCCCCUGCCCCUCUACACUCCUUGCAGGCCGCACCCACUCUGGUGCCUAGCUACAGCGCCAGCACUCCUGUCUACAACUACCCUCCAGGGUGCUACCCCCAAACAAGCCUGUCUUCUGGAUACAGCCACCCCAGUGCCUCCUACCUGCCCCCUGGGAUUAGUGCCCCCACUCCUCUGGCCCCUAGGCCCACCAUGGUGGGGGGCAAUUACAGCUACCCAUCUCACAGCCUUGGAGGGAGCUCCGAGGGAGCAGUGCCACUGAAACGCAAGGCCUUUGAGAUGGCAGAUGAAGGACAGGAGGGAGGAGAGGUGGACGGAUCACGCUACAGAAAGUAUGGCAACGGCCAUGGAAACAGUCACAGCAAAGGUCACGGCAACGGCUACGAUAUGAGCAGCUCGACCUCAGACCCACAGUCCUACAAACCUGGAAAGCGCAUGAUGUCACCCCCUUAUGGCGGGGCAGGGGACUACAGCCCACCAUCAGGCCAAGCAGGAGAGAGUGUGUCAGGGGAGCACAACUUUCCUCAACAACAAAGAAUGUCUAUGAAGUUACCUGCAUCACACACACGAUCUGAGGACCCCACUGCAGGGCGCUGACAACACUGGUUGGCAUUUGAGAGGAUUCUCUUACUCUUUGAAACCAACCAGGGUUCUUAAUACAAACAGAUUAAGGCGGCAAAAAAGGUUUAAUUUCAGUAGAAAACAACAAGAGGGCACAAAACUGGUAUUUCUUGUGCAUCCUUAACAUUUUCACUAUUCUUGUUUUUCCAAAGAUUCAAAGGGGCAUUUUCUCCUUGUAAGGUGGAGGUAAGUGUUAGGGGUGAGGUAAGAAUUCUCUACAUAGAUAGCGUUAAGACAGUCUAAACGUAAAACUGUCUGUUUCUCUCAGGAUCCUAUUUAUUUUCUUUCUGCUACUGCGGCAGCAGCACUGCAACGUUGCUGUUUUAGAAGUUGGUGUAAUUAUUUUUGGCCAUUAUGUAUGUAAAAGGCCUUUAACUGCAAUACGUUCUACCACACCACAAAAAUCAUUACCGACCAAAAAGUAAGGAGAGCAACCACUGAAAUGGUGAGAUUGCCAUACUACUUCAGCACAAUCACUGCUACUUUACACAGCUUACUCUCCGGCUAGGUGUGGCCUCGAGAAAUGGAUGUUUCCCUGCUCAUCCCUUGCUUUCCCCAACUUUUACUCAUUCUUGACUUUGUUCAGUUUCCUUUACCCCUUCUUUUCACGUUCUUUAUGAUAUUCUAUCCCAAUGUCCUGCUUCUUGUUCUAAACCUUUUUCAUUGCUGAACAACUUUUGUUUUUGUCCAGUAUAUACAAGCUGCUUAUCAGAUGACUACAUUAUAGAUACUGUCCAUGAAGCCGCCCUUAGGAAUUGUUUUGAGAAAAACCGGGAAAAUAAUGUAAGAUUAUAGGUUCAUUUAAAAAUGUAUUUAGCAUUUACACAAUGAUAACAUUUGAGUAUUUACAGGUCAUCUUCAAAGCGUGUUGUUAACUUGCAGAUUUUUGCUGAUCCUGAAACUAACAUGUAUAUUUUCUCAAGGAUCUGCGAAUAAUGGUGCAGCUUGCACCUAUAAAAGUCAAACUAUUACAAUAAAUAAUGACUAUACAGAUCUACAAAACAAACAACCAAGCUUAGGUCUGCAUACUGCUAAAAUGAAUUUAGAGCAGACAAUUUAAAGUCGCAUAAGCCUGUUUGUUACUUCUGUUUGGAUGCACAGCCCAGACUGAGAAGCAUGCAGGUCUCAGAGGAUAAAUGCUUCUGAGUGACUGCCUCAAACAACUUUUACUCAACAUUACAUUUUUAAAGAUCUACCCGCUUCUGUGCUAUAGGAUCUACUAGUGUUUUUGUUUUUUUAUAUGCAUACUCUUCACUUUUGGCUCUCAAAAGGAUGUUUUACAGUUGUGUUAUUGAAUACUCAGGAAGAAUAUUGUUACCUCAGAAUGAUAAAAUAAGAAUGUAUGUUAUUGUCUAGGUUGUUUGUAAGGAGCUUUAUGGAGCAAAAUGAAAAUGGAGCCAUGGCUUUUAUUAAGAGCAAAACAAACUCUGAACACUUCAGGGAAACAAUGAACUUACAAGGCCUUUGAUACUAACAGUAGAAAAUGUACACACACACACACACACUCUCACACUCUCACACACACACACACACACACACACACACACACACACACACACACACACACACACUCACACACACACACACAGCUUCUUAGCUCUGAGAAAAUUAAACUUGAGGUUUUUGUACCAAGGCCUGAAAUGUUGAAUGUAAUUCAGAUAUUUUUUUUAAAGGACAAUACAUGCCAUAUUGUACAUCAAUGAUGUUUUUAGAUAUAUAAAACAUAUUUUCUUCAUGUAUAGAUGUAAUUCAUUUAUAGGUUUUGGUGGAGAAAUGAAUGACAAGUGUUAGUGUAGUUAGCAGUGGGGAUACGUUUUUUGUGGACAAACUGUCAAAAUAAAGCACUCCUGUUAAACAACUUUUAAAAUAUCAAGACAUACACAUACAGUAUUACGUUAUGUGCUCUAUAAUAGGUAUGUUUAUUAAAUGUCUUAAUAAAGUGUCCAAUCUCAAUUUUCCUAUAUCAGUAUUUCGAAAAACAGCUUCACACAUUGUCACAAGUCAAUCAGCUUGAUUUGAGCUUUAACAUGAAUUGACACCAUGAAGGGAGAAGUUAAAUAUUUACUAAGCAUGUGCACUGUCAGAAAAUAUGUACAGUUAAAUCUUUUUUUUCACCGAGUUGUAGCUUUGCUGCUCCACUAUGCCAUCCCUUUAUAAGUUGUGCCAUACAAAUGUUUUUGUUGC